UCAACAAAACAUCAAUGGAAGUACAAAACAACACGACAAAGAUGGCUCUAAAAUAAAGUAAAAGUCAUAUAUAAUGACAAAUAGCAUGGGGUCCUCGGCGUUACUUGUUUUCUUGCUUUGGUUAGUGAUAUGCAGUGUCUUCAAGGCGACGGAUUGCAAGGAGUCAAGUGUUUCGGCAGGAAUACAGAAACUUAAGAAGAAAACGUGGACCUACAAAGAUUCUUUAAAGCCAAAUAAUUUGACAGCAAAUGUACAGCUUCCUCUAUCGCUUCUGACAGCAUGGAAAUCUCUAAAGAAUACUAGUAAACUACAUAAUGUCAAAAAAACAUCUGACAAGCAGACACAGGGCGCGGUAUAUCAUGGACAAAAGAUGAGCAGCUUCAGCCGGCUAAAGUUGAAAAAACUUUUAGCAGUGACCAAAACAUCGACCAAGAAGAGCGAACAAGCUUCUCAAGGAUGCAGCACGAAGAUAGACUUGGGUUUUAUCAUGGGAGGAUGUGGUACUGAGUCUUUCCAGCCGUGCACAUCCUUUGCGAAGACAUUGAUCAGCAAGUUAAGUGAAUACAAAGUUGAUGGACACUUUGGGCUUAUUUUAUUUUCAAAACGAGCGAAGAUCAUCAUCAACUUUGAAGAUAAUCAAGAACAAGCGGAAGUCGUACGAGAACUAAGCGCAAUUAAAUACAGAGAAAACGCAAAAGUGUCGAAACUAAAGAUGGGAAAAGCACUCCAACUAGCAAAAGACCUAUUCACAAAUGCUCGUAAAGAUUCUGAAAAGAUUGCUAUCGUAGUUACUGGAGGAAGAGCGAGUGAUGAUGUUGUUGUUCCUUCACAAGAAUUGAAGACUUCUGGGGUGUCAAUCUUUGGUAUGGGACUUGGGAGUGAAGUCGAGAAGACACAGCUUGGAAUUAUUGCCAGUACGCCAAGCAACGAGUUUGUUUAUUCCUUGAAUCCAGAUGAUGUAUCCGCCCUUACUAACCGAAUAAUAACUGGCUUCUGUAAAGGACCCAAGACAGCAACAUUCACAUUUAUAAUGGACGAAGGCAACGAAAGCCAACACUCCAAAGAUUAUAAAAGCAAAGAUCUAAAUAGUCAUCAAGUAAAUGAAUAUUCCAGUGUGCAGCCAGAAGAUGGAAAUGAGGACCCGAGUGCAUAUUUAAAGUUUCUGGCUGGUCUGAAUCAAGCUUUACCACCAUGGACAGACAAUAACGUCGAUUCUUGGCAAGCAAUGAUCAAAGAGAGUAACAAGAACACCAACAAGGAAGACAAUGAUGAGGCAAUCAUGAGAAGCCCGGACGAUUACGAGCACCUUGUCAAUAGUGAUGCUGAUUUUAAUAACGACACUCCCCAAGGACGACCACAGGACAAUGUUCUAACGAAUCAAGAGAAAGCUGGUCUAGAUAUAGAGAAAAACCCAGGUUCUGUACUUCUAACACUGUCAAAUAAUACUCUGAUUUUGCCUUUAUCUGUUGAAAAUAGUACAAGCGGAAAAGAAUCUAAAAAGGCUCCAAGCUUGGAUGAUAUAACCAAAGUCUUACAGAACGAUGCCCAAGAAGGGAAUGGUAAUGUUGAUACAAGUAAUGGAGGAAGUACCUUAAGUUCUAAUGCUGGUGCAGGAAGUACUUCUCAGAAUGGGAUAAAUGGAGAGAAUAGUGGGAAUCAAAAUGGGAACAAUAAUGCAAUGAAUAGUGGGAAUAAUCAAGGAAUGAAUAUUGGGAACAAUCAAGGAAUGAAUAAUGGGAACAAUCAAGGAAUGAAUGGGAAUAAUCAAGGAAUGAAUGGGAACAAUCAAGGAAUAAAUAAUGGGAACAAUCAAGGAAUGAAUAAUGGGAACAAUCAAGGAAUGAAUAAUGGGAACAAUCAAGGAAUG